GUCUGGACAGUAGAGAUGCUUGGUGGGGGAACUGGUCAGUAUUUAACCCAGCCCGUGGGAGUCCGUCCUGCCAGUAUCAGAGGACGCUACACGACAGAACUCAAGGAUGCCAAACUGGGGUGGGGGAGCCAAGUGCUCUGCCUGUGAGAAGACUGCGUACCACGCAGAGGAGAUCCAGUGCAACGGACGGAGCUUCCAUAAGACCUGCUUCAUCUGCAUGACCUGCAGGAAAGGACUGGACAGUACAACGGUCGCAGCACACGAGUCGGAGAUCUACUGCAAGUCCUGCUACGGCAAGAAGUACGGGCCAAAAGGCUACGGCUAUGGAGGGGGGGCCGGAGCGCUAAGUUCAGACCCCCCCAGGAAGGAUCUGGAUCUGGAUCCUAAAGAUGGCGUCAAACAGAGACCACCAAACACAAGCACAAGCACAAACCCCAGCAAAUUUGCGCAGAAGUUUGGCAGCUCCGACCAAUGCCCUCGGUGUUCCAAGGCCGUGUUCGCAGCAGAGAAGAUCAUGGGAGCGGGGAAGCCUUGGCAUAAAACCUGUUUCCGCUGUGCCUUGUGUGGGAAGAGUUUGGAGUCUACCACAGUGACCGAUAAGGACGGAGAGCUCUACUGUAAAGUGUGCUACGCUAAACACUUUGGGCCCAAAGGAUUCGGGUUGGGGAAUGCCGCCAUGAUAGAGGAAAGACCCCUUUAAGAACAUCAACAUGCAGUGUUGUUUAGAGCAGUUCACUUUUGAUUUCUUCUUUUUUUUUUAACAUUUCAUUCAAUCAUUUAAUUGCUGCUUUCCAAAACAAAACAAUUAAAGUUGCCUCAUUAUGUUGAAAUGAAUAACGAGUGUUUGUAUUGUUUGCGGUUUUCCUUUGUGAAUAAUCUUGCGUUAGUAAUUAGACUUAACAAGGCAAGUGAACUGAACACAUACCCAGAGUUAAUCUUUUCCAAUUAAGUCUGGGCAGCCAUCCAGAAAAGGAUUGGAAUGUUUCUAUCAUUUAAUUAAGCCGUUACCUUCAACUACUCAAUCAAGGCAUUCAAAUGACAACGCAACAAAUAAAGAUAGCAACCUAUUUACUCUACAAAGCAACGAAGAACACAUUCAAAUUGUGUUUCCAAUGUAGAUUCUGGAAUUAUCUACUUUUUUAUUACCACAGUUUUAUUUGAUGUAAUGAAUAAAACAUUCUUUAUGUUUUUUUAA